AUGGAGACCGAGACUAAAGUAGUCGAGACAGAGCAUGAUCUGGCGUCUAACACAACUUUCAAAUCAACGCAUAUAGGCGACUUCAGGUACCCAUAUUUACCUGACUUUGGAGCCGCGAUACCAUGUGGUAGAAAACACCAAGCUCAACAAGUAGUUAUGCAAGAAGUUGAUUUAACGCUUCGAUUGGGUAGAAAAGAAAUGGAAAUCGUCAAGAUAGAGAAUCAGUUCCUGCCAGAAGCUGAAGCAGAGUCAGGACCAGUUUUGGAGGACCAGUUCUAUAUAUAUUUACCUGAUUUUGGAGCCGCGAUACCAUGUGGUAGAAAACACCAAGCUCAACAAGUUAUACAAGAAGUUGAUUUGACGCUUCGAUUGGGUAGACAAGAAAUGGAAAUCGUUAAGAUAGAGGAACGGAAUCAGCUUCUGCCAGAGUCAGGACCAGUUGCUAUGGAUGAGUAUACACGGGUUGGGGUUGCUAUGGCUCUGUCUUUGACAUCAACAGGUGGCUCAACAUUAUACAUGGAAACAAGAGUUAUCAAGGAAGCUGAAGCCAUAGGCUACCUCUAUGUAACGGGAUAUGUUGGGGAAGAGACGAUAGAAAGCGCUGACAUCGCUUACACAGUUGCCAAACAGAUCCUUCUCCAGACACAACCCAAGAACAACUUCUUUGCCAACUCCAUACUUUGCCUAGAUUUACCUAGAGGUAAAGGCACAAGCGCAGGCUGCACCAUCACCACAUCCUUGUUAUCACUUGCCAUGAACAAACCUGUGAGGAAGAAUCUUUCAAUGACCGGGACAAUCACUCCAACCGGUAGACUCCUUCGAAUUGGCUCCGUGAAAGAGAAGACAAUUGGUGCAAGACAGAGCCAAGUGAAGACGAUCAUAUUCCCGGAAGCUAACCGGGAUGACUUUGAUGAGCUCGAAAACUACUUGAAAGAAGGACUCGACGUUCAUUUCGUCCAUGAAUACAAGCAAAUAUUUGAUCUAGUAUUUGGAUGUAAUAAUGAAGAUUAUCAAACUGAUUUCAGAGAAGAAUACGAAAGGGUAGGAAUUGAAGAUUAUGUUGGCAAAUCAGCUUUGUAUGAGCAGACACAUGUCGGGGUUUCUAUGUGGUUAGCUAUGACGUACAGAGGCGGCUCAGCAUUGUAUGUGACGACAACACUUGAAGAUAAACAUGAUGGCGAAGGCUGUCUCCCUAUAAGGAGCCAACCUGGAGAAGAGUUGCUAAGAAGUCUUGACAUCGCUUUUGAUCUCGCUUACCAAAUCCUCCUCGAGAAAAAACCUGAGAACACGUUCUUUGAGGAUUCCGUGCUUAGCAUAUAUUUGCCUACUUAUUCCACAAUUAACGGUACAAGCGCAGGCUGCACCAUUCUCACAUCCUUUCUAUCACUGGCCAUGGACAAACCUGUGAGGAAGAAUCUCGCAAUGGCCGGAACACUCACUCCAACUGGUAAAAUUCUUGGAAUUGCCAGCGUGAAGGAGAUGACCAUAGGUGCAAGACGGACUCAAGUCACGACCAUAAUAUUCCCUGAAGCUAACCGGAGAGAAUUUUAUGAGCUCGAGGACGACGUGAAACAAGGAAUUGACGUUCAUUUCGUCGAUGAAUAUGAGCAAAUAUUCGAGUUAGUCUUUGGCUAUAACCAUUAG